AUGGCUAAGCCAGACGGCGACUUGGACCCACUAUGGCAAGACCUUGAUUGGGCCAUUGGCCAGAUGCUCUUGAUGGGCUGGGACGGGACCGAAGUUACACCUCAAAUCCGCAGCUUGAUCGAGGAUCACCACUUGGGGUCCAUUAUACUCACGGCCAAGAACCUGAAGUCGGCUCAACAGGCGGCCAAGCUCGUCCAGGAACUGCAGACAAUUGCUCGCAACGCAGGCCACCCUCACCCGCUGUUGAUCGCUCUGGACCAGGAAAAUGGCGGUGUCAAUAGCCUUUUCGAUGAGGACUAUAUCUGUCAGUUUCCCAGCUCUAUGGGUGUCGCUGCAACAGGCAGCCUCGAGAUGGCAUACAAUGUAGCCAAGGCCACUGCGAAGGAGCUCACCGCCGUCGGUGUAAAUCUUAUUCUGGGUCCAGUAUUGGACGUUCUCACCAAUGCCCGCUACCAACCAAUCGGCGUCAGGGCCAGUGGCGACGAUCCCCAGGAGGUCUCCCAGUACAUUAUCGCCGCGCUCAAUGGCUACAAGGACGCCGGCCUGGCCACGUGUGGCAAGCACUUCCCAACCUAUGGGAACUUGGAUUUCAGGGGCUCUAGCUUGGAUGUGCCCAUCAUCACACAGACACUCGAGGAGCUCGGCCUCAGCGCACUUGUGCCCUAUAGGAACGCUAUUGCGACAGGCAACUUGGAUGGGGUCUUCAUCGGCGGCUGCGGCAUCGCAUCAGCCAGUAUGAACGUGUCUCACGCCUGCCUCUCCGACCAGGUGGUUGACGACUUGCUGCGGCAGGAGCUGGGCUUCAAGGGGGUAGCCAUCUCCGAGUGCCUGGAGAUGGAGGCCCUGUACCAGGAGAUUGGCGUCAAGGGAGGCACUGUGAUGGCAGUAGAGGCGGGGUGCGACCUGAUCCUUUUGUGUAAGGACUACAAUAUCCAGCUCGAGGGGAUCGCGGGGCUGAAGCUAGGCAUAGAGAACGGCAUCAUCACCAGGGAAAGGGUCAUGACCUCUCUCCGGAGGAUUCUUCGUCUCAAGUCCGGCUGCACUUCUUGGUCGCAGGCACUUAGCCCGCCCGGUACCUCCCUGCUCUCCCAGAUGCACCCAUCACACCUCACCCUGUCCAGACAGGCAUACGAGAACUCCAUUGCGGUCAUGCGGGACAAGGACAGGCUGCUGCCUCUGUCACAGUCCCUGGAUCAGGGAGAGGAACUGUUGCUACUAACGCCGCUCGUCAAACCCCUACCGGCGUCGGCUGCGACAAAGGCGAUCGAAGCAAAGAAAGGGGCCAGCGCUUCUACCGUGCACGACAAGUGGACUCACCGAGAAAGGGGCGCCAUAAUGAGCGGCGAGGGUGUCUUCCGGGAAAUGGGGAGGUCGAUCGCCCGCGCAAGAAACGGCAAGCUCCUACACACGUCGUACACCGCCAAUGGUGUCCGUCCGGUGCAUGAGAACCUCAUCAACAGGGCUUCCGGGAUCAUCAUUGUCACAGCAGACGCCAACCGCAACCUCUACCAAUCAGGCUUUACGAAGCAUGUGGCCAUGAUGUGUUCGAUGCUCCGGGCGAGCGGACAAAAGAAGUCGCUGAUAGUUGUUGCUGUGAGCUCACCAUAUGAUUUCGCCAUGGACAAGACCGUCGGCACAUAUAUCUGCACUUUUGAUUUUACCGAAACAGCCAUGCAAGCACUUGUGCGAGCCUUGUUUGGCGAGUUCACCCCCCAGGGGUCACUACCUGGGACGCUCAGAAAGAGCAAAAAGGUACUCAAGUCGAGACAGCAAUGGCUUGUCGAGAACUACGAAAAGGCAAGAGAUGCACGGCCCCUGGAUGACCUGAUCAAGGCCCUCGCGAGGGCCAGCGCACCGAAGCUCGACUUCCUCAGGGCGACCUCUGCCGCAUCGUUCGACCUGUACAAUGCCAAGAUUGAGGAGUCGCACUUUGUCGUUCGGAACAGCAGCACCAAAGCGCUGUACGGAUUCUGCGCGACGUACUACACCCAAGGUACUGGCAUAAUCGGUGCUCUGUUCGUGGAUCCGACGAAGCGCAAUGUCUCGAUCGGACGCUCCCUGCACCGCCGCGCACUCAGGCACCUCAUCCAGAAGCGAGGGAUCAAGAAGGUGCGGCUUGGCAUCUCCUUCCCGGGGGUGUUCCUCGGGAUCCCCGUGGACGACAACACGGGCGUGAGGAGCUGGUUCACCAACAGCGGCUGGGACACGCAGUUCCCGCGGCGGCUCACCAACAUGGUGAUCCCGGAGCUGGGGAGCUGGGCGGUGCCCGAGGGCCUGCUCCAGAGCAUCUCGCGGGCGGGCAUCAGCUUCGACCUGAUCCACGGGCUGGACAACGCGGACAACGUGGUGGAGCACGUGCGGGGGCAGGCCAACGGCGAGACGCUGGAGCUGUACAAGUCGGCGCUGCAGGAGGUGAAGACGUGUGGGGUGGUGCGGGCCAAGAACGGCGGGGGCAAGAUCCUGGGGACGGUGAUCAUCUGCAGCCCGGGCAGCUCGCUGUCGCACCUGAUGCCGUGCCUGCAGCCGGGGACCGGGGCGGAGGCGGUGGGCGGUAUCGUGGCGCCGCUGGUGGAGCCAACGGCGCAGGCGACGCUGGUGCUCCAGGGCCUGGUGGUGAUGGGGGUGCGGCAGAACAAGGCGCACAAGACGGCGAGGAGCGUGCUCAGCUGGGUGACGGACGAGCUCUACGAGCCGCUGCUGGCGAUGGGGUUCCAGGUGCUACAGGUCUUUGAGGAAGUGACCAAUUCCCCCGAAAACUGGUCUGAUAUAUGUUGA